AUGUCCACUUUGCACUUAAUAUAUAAAGAGAUGACAACUCUCCCUCCUCACUUCCAUCACACCAUAUCAAAUUAGCCAUGCCCACCAACAUUACCCAACGUGGAACUUCAACCUUCCUCUUCUUUCUGUUAUUGCCGUUGCUCUUGCAAUUUUAUCCUGGUAAAAGUGAGCUCCAACUAAACUAUUAUGCACAAAGUUGCCCAAGAGCUGAAGAGAUCAUCAAAGAGCAAGUCAUUAAUCUGUACAAGAAACAUGGAAAUACGGCAGUUUCCUGGGUUAGGAAUCUCUUCCAUGAUUGUGGGGUGAAGUCGUGUGAUGCAUCGCUGUUGUUGGAGACGGCGAACGGAAUUGAAUCGGAGAAAGCAUCACAGAGGAGCUUUGGAAUGAGAAAUUUUAAGUACGUGAACACAAUCAAAGAUGCAGUUGAAGCUGAAUGCCCUUUGACCGUCUCUUGUGCUGAUAUUGUUGCUCUUUCUGCAAGAGAUGGUAUUGUCAUGUUAGGAGGACCAAGAACAGAAAUGAAAACAGGGAGAAGGGACAGCAAAGAGAGCUAUGCAGCGGUGCUAGAAAACUUCCUCCCCAAUCACAACGACAGCAUGUCAUUAGUGCUUUCUCGCUUUCAAUCCAUUGGCAUUGACACUGAAGGAGCUGUUGCUCUUUUAGGAGGUCACUCGGUUGGUAGAGUUCACUGUGUGAACUUAGUACAGAGACUCUACCCUACAGUUGACCCGAGUUUGGACCCUGAGUAUGCAGAGUACCUCAAAGGAAGGUGCCCAACUCCAGACCCGGACCCAGAAGAAGUUCUGUAUGCAAGAAAUGACAGAGAAACACCCAUGAUUCUUGAUAAUAUGUACUACAAGAACAUAUUGAAGCACAAGGGAUUGCUUUUAGUGGAUCAACAAUUGGCUUCUGAUCCCAUUACUUCUCCAUUUGUGGAAAAAAUGGCUGGCGAUAAUGGAUACUUCCUUGAUCAGUUCUCUAGAGCUGUGGUGUUGUUGUCGGAGAAUAAUCCUCUUACUGAUGAUCAAGGAGAGAUAAGAAAGGAUUGCCGCUAUGUGAAUACCAAUUAGCUAAGCUCAGAAAGUUAUGUACUUGUCCACAACAAUAAAGCAUCUUGUAUUAAUCAAGUCAUAUGUGUGAAAUAAACAAGUGAUAAUUGAAAUGUA